AUGUACAGUAAUCUCUUGAUAUUGUUGUUAAAAGUUUUAUACAAAAUGUCAUCUUCUGCAAUUUAUAUAUUAGAUGUUAAGGGAAAGGUUUUAAUUUCAAGAAAUUAUAGAGGGGAUAUCGACUUGGGUGUUAUAGAAAAAUUUAUGCCUUUAUUAAUGGAAAAAGAAGAAGAAGGAUUAUGUACACCUUUAAUACAUACAACAGAGUGCACAUUUGCAUUCAUAAAAUAUAAUAAUUUAUACAUAGUUUCUACGACAAAAAAAAAUGCCAAUAUUGCUUUGGUUUUUGUUUUUCUUCAUAAAAUAGUACAGGUCAUGAUAGAAUAUUUUAAAGAGUUAGAAGAAGAAAGUAUAAGGGACAAUUUUGUUGUAAUAUAUGAGCUUCUUGAUGAGCUUUUGGAUUUUGGAUAUCCACAAACUACAGACAGUAAAAUUUUACAAGAAUAUAUUACUCAAGAGGGUCACAAAUUGGAAAUUCAACCGAGAAUUCCAAUGGCAGUUACAAAUGCAGUAUCAUGGAGGUCUGAAGGAAUUAAAUAUAGAAAAAAUGAAGUUUUUCUAGAUGUCAUUGAAUCAGUGAAUAUUCUUGCAAAUGCUAAUGGAAACGUUCUUAGGAGUGAAAUAGUUGGUGCUAUUAAAAUGAGAGUUUAUUUAUCGGGUAUGCCUGAAUUAAGGCUAGGUUUAAAUGAUAAGGUGUUGUUUGAAAGCACUGGUAGGGGUAAAUCAAAAUCUGUUGAGUUAGAAGAUGUCAAAUUUCAUCAAUGUGUGAGACUUUCAAGAUUUGAAAAUGAUCGCACCAUAUCGUUUAUACCACCUGAUGGAGAAUUUGAAUUGAUGUCUUAUCGACUGAAUACUCAUGUGAAACCCCUAAUAUGGAUUGAAUCAGUAAUUGAAAGACAUGUUCACAGUAGAGUUGAAUAUAUGAUUAAAGCAAAAUCACAAUUUAAAAGGAGAUCAACUGCCAAUAAUGUUGAAAUAGUUAUUCCUGUUCCUGCUGAUGCAGAUUCUCCAAAAUUUAAGACAACAGUUGGAAGUGUUAAAUAUGCUCCUGAACAAAAUGCAAUUACAUGGACCAUAAAAUCAUUCCCAGGAGGCAAAGAAUACUUGAUGAGAGCGCAUUUUGGUCUUCCCAGUGUCGAGGGAGAAGAUUCAGAAGGCAAGCCUCCUAUACAAGUUAAAUUUGAAAUCCCUUAUUUUACCACAUCCGGGAUACAAGUUAGAUAUCUAAAAAUUAUUGAAAAAAGUGGUUACCAAGCAUUGCCCUGGGUUAGAUACAUAACUCAAAAUGGUGACUAUCAGUUAAGAACAAACUAA